AUGAAAGGGAAGGAAGAAGGAAAAAUUGAGGCGCUGCAGUUCUGGACGAAGGUGCUCGAGCGAGGCCAGUUUCACCUUUUUGAGUUUGACUGGAGAAGCAGUUCGACGACUGGUUGCUAUUCAGCUCUUACUUAUGGACUCGUUCGGCAUUUUGCCACCUACCUGUGCACCGAGCACGCAGCACUCGCGGAGAAAGGCUUUCCUGCAGCAGGUUCGAGCGCGUCGUGCUCCCCGCCGACGCCGGGUGACGCCCGGCUCAUCUUCUGGUGCGCUGACCAAUGCGUAGAGUGUUUGGUACCACCCAAGAUACGACGGCUUGCAAAUGAUAGACUUGUAUUCACGAAGAGCGUCACCAGAGAGGACCUAAAGGACACGGCGCACACCAUAUUGGUGCUGGUAUCCCUGAGUCCAAACUUGUGCAGGCGAUCGGAGUUCUUGGACUCGCUCCUGCUUCCGGCUUUACUGUUUGAGAAACCACCACAGAACCUGACAAUAGUGAUGGCUAUCCGACCUCUUGAAUUUCAUGGAUGUAUAUGUGAUAGCUUGCGAUCGAAUGCGACGAGCUGCUGGACUUUCAUAUCAAAGUCUUGUUUUGUUGGAUGGACUCGGGUGCCGCUGCGUGGCCGAUGCGUUCACUACGGUUUCGAAUGUAGUACGGAGGGAGAGCAUUUAUGGCGGCUGAGCGGGAAGCAGCUAAGCGUUGUCGAAUGGGCCUCGCAGCUGGACACACUGCCCUGUCUGUAUGACGCGCGCGGUGUGUUUUCCAAGGCAUCCCCGGGGGCCAGAUUGGAGCCAUACGCUGCUACCGUCCACACUGAGCCGGUUGAAGUGAACUCGAACGCAAAGAUGGGCAGUGUGGCCAAUCUUCAACCAUCCACGGAAACGAAGGCAGAGCCGCUCGAGAGCUUCCUUACAUCUUUGCCGUUCCGAGUUUCUCUUUCGGAGCGGGAGGAACGCUCGCGAUCGCGCCUAAAACUGCCAUUUGAGCAUUUUGAUGAGAGCACGGCAGAUGCGAUUAUCAAAAGUCCUGAAGGUUUUGUAAUUUUUGAAAAUGCCGAAGCGGAUGAGCCGGGUAGUGACCCCGAAAUCUCAAGCGACGAGGAUCUAGACGUUUGA